AAUGUGCAUGCAAAUCGCACCUCCUCCUCAUUUCUUUUCCUUUCCCUCCUUUCUUCCCUUAUUUUCCCCCCUUUAAACAAACUGACGGUUUCUUUUUCUUAAUCUUUUCUUUUUCCCGAGAAAAUUCUUUGACUCUCAAGAUCUCCAUUAUUCUCUCUGUAUUUUCUUGCUCUUUCUCUUCGCAUUUUCCCUCGCUUAAUUACCUACAACUAAUUUUAGGUUUUCAGUUUAGAUUAGUGAUUAGAUUAGACUAGAUUAGAUUGGAAUAGAUAGAUCUCUUGUCAUUUCUUCAAUUUCGCGCUGCUUUUCUUCCAUAAUGAGAAUCGAAUUUAAUCAGAUUGAUUGAUUUUGAAUCAUUUUCCAAGAAAAUGGAAUCAUCUUCGUCACCGAAUCCUUCCUAUUUCUUCGUUGCUGUUGCUUUUGCUUUUGGUUUUGUCGCCGCUAGAUUCUUAUUGGACAAAUUCGUCUUUCGUAGGCUGGCAAUUUGGUUACUUUGCAAGAAAAGUAGACCUCUGAAUUUAGAUGCGAAUACACGGGCAAAGAUUGUAAAAUGCAUAGAGUCCAUGUGGAAGCUAACAUACUAUGCUGCUGUUGAGUUCUGUGUUCUCAAGAUUAACUACAAUGAACCUUGGUUCAGUGAUCCUAAACAAUACUUCAUUGGCUGGCCCAAUCAAGAAUUUAAGACUCCCCUAAAGCUUAUCUACAUGUGCCAAUGCGGGUUUUACACAUACAGUAUUGCUGCUCUCCUUUUGUGGGAAACUAGAAGAAAGGAUUUUUCUGUGAUGAUGUCUCAUCAUGUAAUUACUGUUUUUCUGAUUGGAUUCUCAUACAUGACCAGUUUUCUCCGGAUGGGAUCAGUUGUCCUUGCCCUGCAUGAUGCAAGUGAUGUAUUUCUAGAAGCUGCAAAAAUAUGUAAAUAUUCUGGAAAGGAGCUUGGAGCUAGCACUUUUUUUGGUUUGUUUGCUGUAUCAUGGCUUAUUCUACGGCUGAUAUACUAUCCCUUCUGGGUUAUCGCGGCUCUAAGCUAUGGUGGUGUAAACUUCUUGGAUCUAUCAACAGCAUACCAUACAUUUCUGUACUAUGUUUUCAAUACACUGCUGCUGAUGCUACUCGUGUUCCACGUUUACUGGUGGUAUCUGAUUUGCGCAAUGAUAAUGAAGCAGAUGAGAAAUAGAGGGAGGGUGGGAGAAGAUAUAAGAGAAGAUUCAGACGAUGAUUAGGUUUUGUUGAACGUGGUGGUUUUCUUAUGGGUUCUCGACAGGAUUAAUUCGACAUAAUUGUAGGUUUGUCCCUUCAUAUGAUUGGUGAAAAGUGAAAACAAAUGAGGUGAAUAUUCGCUUUGAUUUGAAUAGUUGAUUUUUUGGUUCAUGGUGUAGAUGAGAAAGGAGGUAGUAACCAAUAUGCAUCUAGUUUUGAUAUAACAUUUGGUGUAUAAAUAAUAGGCAAUUUUGUAUAAUGGUUCACUCUUGGAUAAACCCUUGUUUCGAUAUCAGUCCAUAUAUUGGGGAAAUGGAAAGUAAAAAGGAAAAAAAGCUUUCCUCUGGCCA